CAACAGUUUGCAGAGCAUGCAAACACGAAUAUAGAGAACUCAUUUUUCACUUUGUGGACAUGAGGAAAAUCUAUAGUGGUAAAAUAUGCAUGGAUCUCGUUGAUAUGAUGAAUUACACCCGUUUAAUGUGGGGAGGGGAGCGAGAUCUCAACUGUACCCGACACUUGAAGGACGACAUGGUGGUACUACUCACCAGCUUCAUUCUCCUGACUGUGCCGUUUCUGUUUUAUGAAGCCAGCUGUAUUUGUGGGAAAAGAAGAAAACUCAAACUCAUGACACAAAAAAGAUUAAAGAAAACAAUUUCUGUAAAAGUGUCAUUUGUAAACCAUUCAGAGACAAACAACGUUAACCAUGUCCACAGAUAGUUCUGGAAUCUGAGGGAGAAAGACGGGCGAGAAGCACCCCAGGAGAAUGAGGAAAUUAUUAACUGCAUCCAAUCCUCAUAGUCAUACUGACCGUAAUGGUUCAAUGAAUACACCUGUACAGACAAUCAACAUGACUGUUACUAGACAAAAUCUGUCUCCUCUGAAAAUUGCUGUUAUACACCAUUCCCAUCUGUCCGUCCGUCUGUCAAAUAUUUUGUGUGUGUGGGUCAUGUCUUUCAGACUCUGAUGAAACUUUGGACUAUCAAACCUGGUCAGCUGGUGUU